AUGAACUACAUUCCACACACAGGGGAGCACAUCUCGGAGAUGCUCGCUGCAAUAGGCUGCCGGACGGUCGACGAGCUUGUGCCAAGGCAGGUUCCCAGAGCGGCAAGACUCGACCUUGGAAAGUCCAUGAGCGAGAUGGAGAUUGUAUCGUACAUCGAGUCGCUUGCCGCAAAGAACACACAGACCAAGUGCUUCGCGGGUGGCGGCUCGUACGACCACUACAUCCCCUCUGCCAUAAGCCACAUAGUUAUGAGGGGGGAAUUUCUCACCUCAUACACCCCGUACCAAGCAGAGGCAAGCCAGGGGGUGCUGCAGGCGCUAUACGAAUACCAAUCAUACAUAUGCCUGCUCACCGGAAUGGAUGUCUCCAACGCGUCACUUUAUGACGGAGCCUCGGCCCUGGCAGAGGCCGUGCUCUUGGCCCACUCGUACACAAAAAGAAGAGGCGUUUUCGUGGAUGGGGGAUUGAAUCCCGCAUACCUUCAGGUUCUCAGGACAUACUGCGAGGGAACCGACAUCUUCAUUUCGGAUGCCAUAAACGACGAUGUGGCAUGCGUCAUACAGCAGACGCCCGCCUUUGACGGUUCCAUAAGGAAUCCCACACACAUGGCAGAGAAGGCCCACCGGAACGGAUCGCUCUUCAUAAGCUGCAUAUCGGAUCCCACAUCGCUGGCCAUCAUGCGUCCUCCCGGGGAGGCAGGGGCGGACAUGGUGACUGGCGAGGGGCAGGCAUUCGGAAUACCCAAGAGCUUUGGGGGCCCGUGUCUCGGAUUCAUGGCGGUCAGGAAUAAGCUGACCAAGAAACUGCCCGGAAGGAUAGUGGGCGCAACCCGGGACGGGUCUGGCAGGCGGGGAUUUGUUCUUACGCUACAGGCAAGAGAGCAGUUCAUCAGGCGGGAACGCGCCACCAGCAACAUAACGACAAACCAGACGCUCUUGGCGCUGUCUGCGACCAUAUACCUGGCCCUGCUGGGAAGGACCGGCCUUCGGUCGGUUGCCCGUACCUCGUACCGUCGGGCGCACCGGCUACAGCAAAUGCUGCACACAAGGGGGUUCCGCACCAUAACGCCGGGCCCGUUCUACAACGAGUUUCUUGUAGAGACGCCAAGGCCCGCGGCGGACAUACUGGAACGCCUACAGCGGUACGGCAUACUGGGAGGAAUCGCAGUGGACGAUUACAGGCUGCUUAUAUGCUGCACAGAAAAGAACACCAUGCCGGACAUGGAGACCACCGGACACGUCCACACGGAUGAAGACGGCAUAAAAGACCGGUUUCCGGAACGGGAAUGCCUGCCCCUGCCGGAUGUGAGCGAGCUGCAGGUGAUCCGCCACUAUACGGAGCUCUCCAGAAAAAACUACGGAAUAGACACCGGCAUAUAUCCGCUGGGCUCGUGCACCAUGAAGUACAACCCGCGCGUAAACGAGGAUAUGGCCCGGCUCCCCGGAUUCGCAGGCAUGCACCCCCGCGCCCCGCCGUCCCACGCGCAGGGCGCGCUGGAGGUCAUGUGGGAACUGCAGGAGGCCCUCAAGGAGAUCACCGGCAUGGACGCGUUCAGCCUCCAGCCUGCCGCCGGCUCCCAGGGGGAGCUGCUGGGGGUCAUGAUCGCCAAGAGAUACUUUGCGGACAUGGGCGAGAGGCGCACCCGAAUAAUAAUUCCGGACUCGGCGCACGGAACGAAUCCCGCUACUGCCGCCACAUGCCGGUUCCAGACCGUAACGGUACGCAGUGACGAGCGCGGAAACAUGGACUUGGACGGGUUCCGGCAGGCCAUAGGGGACGACGUGGCCGUGGUGAUGAUCACAAACCCCAACACGCUGGGGUUCUACGAGGAGCACCUUCAGGAGAUAACGGAUCUGUCAAGGAAGCACGGAACACUGCUGUACUGCGACGGGGCAAACAUGAACGCGAUGCUGGGAAUCAGCAAGCCCGCGGAGCAGGGGUUUGACAUGAUGCACCUGAACCUGCACAAGACGUUCUCCACCCCGCACGGCGGCGGCGGGCCCGGCGGGGGCGCCCUGGGAGUCAGAUCAUUCCUUGAGGAGUACCUGCCGGUGCCAAGGGUUGUGAGGCAUGACAGCGGCCCCACGUUUGAUCUAGACCACAACCACGAAAAGAGCGUCGGCAGGAUCCACUCGUUCUAUGGAAAUUUUGGAGUCAUGCUCAAGGCCCUGGCGUAUAUCAAAUCGUGGGGAUCCGACAUUGUGAAUGUCUCGGAGGCGGCCCUACUCAAUGCAAACUACCUUCUGGGCCUCAUAAGGGGGAGCUUUGACGUGCCGUAUGACCGGCGGUGCGCCCACGAGUUUGUGGUGUCUGCAAGAAGGUUUGGCGAGAAGAGCGCCCUGAACAUGGCAAAAAGGAUGAUCGACUAUGGAUUCCACCCGCCCACCGUAUACUUUCCGCUCAUAGUAAAGGAGGCCCUAAUGAUAGAGCCCACCGAGACGGAGAGCAAGGAGACGUUGGACCGGCUUGCCGGCGCGUUUUUAGCGAUAGCGAGCGAGAUGGACCAGAAUCCGGACAUGCUCGACGGCGCGCCCCACACCACGGCCACCGGAAGGCUGGACGAGGUGAUGGCCGCGCGGCGCCUUGACCUGCGCUGGAAGCCCCCGGAGGGAUGA